UCAUGGAAGACCGUCCACAGACUAAUGAGGUGAUCAACCUCACUGCUUUCAGAGGCCAGUAUUCAGUUUCUACGACACUUAGUGGCAGAGACGGCCACAAAUACACUUUGGAGGAGAAUGGUGGUUACGACGUGAAUGGAGUGGCUUCCCACAAUCCAGCGGCACUGUCUAGAUAUGACACCAUCGAUUCUCCGCCGAGUUACGACUUCUACGCAAACACGGAGGUGUUUGGGAGAACGCGGAAAUUAAGACCAUCUCUUUUCCAGCUCCACUCUAAUCCCGAGGAUGAUUCCUGCCCGCCUCCCCUGUACGAGGAGACGAGCAACAAUAAAGAAAGCCCAGAUGAGGAGCCGGCAGACCCUCCUCUGGAGCCCACCCGCUUCGGAUGGGUACAGGGGGUCAUGAUUCGCUGUAUGCUGAACAUCUGGGGAGUGAUUCUGUACCUAAGGCUUCCCUGGAUCACAGCUCAGGCUGGGAUCGGUUUCACUUGGAUUAUAAUCCUGCUCUCCUCCUGCAUCACGGGGAUUACGGGCCUCUCCACGUCUGCAAUCGCCACAAACGGCAAAGUCAAAGGAGGUGGGACUUACUUCCUGAUCUCGCGCAGUCUGGGCCCAGAGCUGGGGGGCUCCAUCGGCCUCAUCUUCGCCUUCGCCAACGCCGUGGCCGUUGCCAUGCACACUGUCGGCUUCGCCGAGACCGUGCAGGCACUCAUGCAGGAAAAUGGUUCGACCAUGGUGAACCCGAUCAAUGACAUCCGUAUCAUUGGUGUAAUCACGAUCACAUGUCUACUGGCCAUCUCAUUGGCUGGUAUGGAGUGGGAGUCAAAGGCACAGGUUUUGUUCUUCUUCGUUAUCAUGGUCUCGUUUGCGAACUACAUUGUGGGCACCAUCAUCCCAGCGCCUGAAGAGAAGCAAGCUAAAGGAUUCUUCAGCUAUAAAGCAGACAUUUUUGCGGCGAACUUUGUGCCCGACUGGCGUGGGCCGGGGGGCAGCUUCUUUGGCAUGUUCUCCAUCUUCUUCCCUUCUGCCACUGGCAUCCUUGCAGGAGCCAAUAUCUCUGGAGACCUGAAGGAUCCCAAUAUCGCCAUACCCCGUGGCACAAUGCUAGCUAUUUUCUGGACCACUGUGUCCUACCUCAUCAUCUCAGCCACCAUCGGCUCUUGUGUAGUGCGUGAUGCCUCAGGUUUUGUUAAUCACACCAUUCUAAUGUCUGGGUCUGAUGCUGCUCGUUGCUUGGGCACUGCCUGCAAAUUUGGCUGGGACUUCAGCGAAUGCAUCCAGAACAGGACCUGCAUCUACGGACUUAGCAAUUACUAUCAGACCAUGAGCAUGGUGUCUGGAUUUGCUCCCCUCAUUGCAGCUGGUAUAUUUGGGGCUACUCUGUCCUCAGCACUGGCCUGUCUAGUCUCUGCACCUAAAGUCUUCCAGUGCCUUUGCAAGGACAGGUUGUAUCCAGGGAUUGGGUUUUUUGGAAAAGGCUACGGCAAGAAUGAUGAGCCAUACCGAGCCUAUCUCUUAACCUACAUCAUUGCUGUUUGCUUCAUUCUCAUUGCUGAACUUAACACCAUUGCUCCCAUCAUCUCCAACUUCUUCCUGUGUUCCUACGCCCUCAUCAACUUCAGCUGCUUCCACGCCUCUAUCACCAACUCCCCAGGCUGGCGUCCCUCAUUCCGGUACUACAGUAAGUGGGCUUCUCUGGUUGGCGCUGUGGUAUCAGUGGUUAUCAUGUUCCUCCUCACCUGGUGGGCUGCUCUCAUAGCUAUAGGGAUCGUGCUUUUCCUACUGGGAUACGUCCUCUACAAGAAACCCUCUGUGAACUGGGGCUCCUCAGUCCAGGCGAGCUCUUAUAAUAUGGCUCUGAACCACUGUGUGAGUCUCAACCAAGUAGAUGACCACAUAAAGAAUUACAGGCCACAGUGUCUGGUUCUCACAGGGCCGCCCAGCCUGCGCCCAGCACUGGUCGAUUUUGUCGGCACCUUCACCAAGAACCACAGCCUGAUGAUGUGUGGGAACAUCAUCACUGGAGGAACAUCGCCUGACACUGUGGAUGCAGCCAACAGCAGCAGUCAUGUGACCUGGUUGAACAAGCGACACAUCAAGUCUUUCUACCAUGGCGUGGUCGCAAGUGACCUUCGUACUGGAGCGCAGAUGUUGCUUCAGGGUGCAGGUUUAGGCCGAAUCCGACCAAACAUCUUGGUGAUGGGAUUUAAGAAGAACUGGCGCAAAUGUGCUCCAACUAGCAUGGAAAAUUACAUAGGCAUUUUACAUGAUGCCUUUGACCUGCAUUACGGAAUAUGUGUCCUUCGUAUGAAAGAAGGUCUUGAUUUAUCUCAUCACAUGCAAGCGCAUGUGAACCCUGGGUUCGAAGCUGCUGCAGAGUCUGUCCUGGACACCCGGCCCGCCGUCAACUCAACAUUGGACCUCCACUCACUUGAGACUACGCCUCAAGCCUCUACGGUCUUUCAGUCCAAGCAGGAGAAGAAAACUAUCGAUGUGUACUGGCUGUUUGAUGAUGGAGGUCUGACUCUGCUGCUCCCAUACCUGCUGAAACGUAAGAAGCGUUGGGCCAGGUGUAAAGUCAGAGUGUUUGUCGGGGGAGAGAUUCAGAAUAUCGAGGAACAAAAGCAAGAGCUCACGACCCUCAUUGGCAAGUUUCGUCUAGGCUUCCACGAGAUCCAAGUCCUUCCUGACGUCAAUGAAAAACCACAACCUGAACAUGUGAAGAAGUUUGAGGACCUGAUAGGGCCUUAUAGAAUCCAGGCUAUCCAGAAGAAUGGAGAGAGAGCAGGCCUACCAAGCAGAGACAGCCCGUGGAUGGUGUCUGAUGAGGACAUUGAGAAAAAUAUGGCAAAGUCCUUUAGACAAAUUCGCUUAAAUGAAGUUCUGCAGGACUAUUCGAGGGAUGCUGCUCUGAUUAUUGUAACCAUGCCCGUGGGCCGGAGAGGUGUGUGUCCCAGUGCUCUUUACAUGGCGUGGCUGGAGACUCUGUCACGUGACCUGCGGCCCCCGGUCCUGCUAGUCAGAGGGAACCAGGAGAGUGUGCUCACUUUCUAUUGCCAGUGAUGAACUCAGAGUCAGUGACAUCUCAGCAGCUCUGGCUGUGCCGCUGGACGCCUGGACCACUCUACUCCCAUAAUGAUGUAAAGCAAGACUUGGUACAUAAAACUGAAUCUUCUCUUUCCCUUUUUUCUGCCAUUUUUAAUGUCAUGUUAGAUACAGAUUAUUGUGCUUUUAAGAACUUUUCAAUCAUGUUUGAUAUUUACUGGUUUAUUGAAUGUAUUACACACAAGCUGUACAUUUUUUUUUUUACCUCUUAACAACCUGUAAUAUAAUAUGUGCAUAUACAGUGCAAAAUGUUUGAGGGUAUCUUAUUCCUAUAUCAGUUCUUUGGUUGUUCUUGUACCUUAAAUCAGCAAUGUAUAAUUUUUCCAGUAGUUUUUCUUCACAUUAUGAAACAGCCAUUAUACUGAAACCUACAGAGAUUCUGUACUAAAUCUAUUUUAAACAUGGCCGCCUCUUUGUGGGGGACCCACUCUAUGGAACUUAAACUGGUUCAUUUGAGGACUACACAUCAGCUGCACUUUAUAGAAAAAAUAAUAAUAAUAAUAAUCACUUUCAUAAGUAUUUGCUACUUUUUGGUGGUAAAAUGUCUUAUUGGUCCUUUAACCUUUUUGGCUGCAGUUUCAUUAGAAGAAAGUUAUAGUACCAUGGGUCACAAUAUAUUUAUCUAUAUUUAUUUAGAUAUUUUAUCAUGUUGUGUUCUGAUAGGUUGUUACUAAAUCAGACAUUUCUAAUGUUUGAGUAAACCCGCGUUAACAUAAGGCAUUACUAAAAAAAAAAUCACUUUCAUAAAUAAUAACUUUUUGGUGAAAAAAAAAAAGACUUAUUGCACCUUUAUGUGUUAAGCAAAAACUCAGACUUUUUGCAAUUAUGAAAUUUAACUGGGGACCUAAUACUAAUAUAAAAUCUAAUACUAAUCUAAUCCUAAAUCCGACUUCACUCUAGUCUCUAAUCUGCAGCAUCACAUUUGGUGAGAAGGCAUUAACCGCACAUUUUGUUCUCGUAAUAAAUAAAAUAAUGUAUACCUGUCACAUUUUUGUAUCUGCAGCAUUACACCACAAUUCGUAAUAAAUAAAUAAAUUCAUUAUCCAUG